UUACUAUAAGGAGAAUCCCCAAGGAGCUUCAUCUGAUGCAGGACAAGCUAGUAGUCCUGAAGAUGUCCAUCAACUCAACCUCGUGAAAAUCUUCAUUUUGCCUUCACGUUUUUAUUACCUGGAAGGAUGUCGCUUGGGAUGUUUAUGCCUCUCCUCCUUUGGGCUAUAUUACAUGAUUCCUUGAGCAUUCGGGUGAACAGAGCAGAAAACGGACAAAUUUACACGUGCCAGGCUGAGUUGGACCUGGAGCCACAUAUCUUUAUUCAGAGCAACGCCGCCAUUAACAUCACAGUCGAAUAUGAACCGACUCUGAUGGUGACCGAAGACUCCUUUGAGUAUGAGCUUGGGGAAACUGUGACUUUAGUCUGCAGUUGUGAUGGCAACCCUGCUCCAAACAUUUUGUGGAAUUCCAUCCCCCGCGCACCAAACGUGAGGACCAUCAGGGGGCGCCACAACCCUCUUGUGAUCACUGGAGCCACGUCGACCAACGUUGGGGUUUACAAUUGCACUGCCUGCAACUUUUUUGGGGUGUUUCCAAAUCCAUCACGCUCACUAUGAGGCCACAACAUUAGGCACACGUGCACAAGGUACUGAGAUACAAUGCCAGAACCUUCCAGAACUCAAGUGCAGUUAAACUAUGA